AUAUUCCGAAACAUAAAUCUCAACGCGUAAACAUCUACAAUCCACAAAUUGGAAUAUGAAACAACAAAAUGUGUCUCGAAAAAUUGGCAAAAAACCAAUAUCUCAUGAAAAGGUGUACCAAUUGUUUGGACCGCAAGCCUCCUUUGAGGAGAUACGUCAAGCUGCUGCCCGCAUAUGCCGUGAUUAUUUAAAUGGUCGCUGGAAGGAAGUACCCACCGAACAGUUGAUUGUCAAACGUAUCAGCGGUGGACUUUCGAAUUUUUUGUAUUACGUAAGUUUACCACAAUAUUGCAAUGCUACCACAGCCACCAUCAGUAAUGAAGUCAAUGAAUCCGUGGCAUCAACAUCAUCAUCGUCGGCAUUGCCACAAUCAGAUAACGACGAAAAUAGAAACGAACAAGAUUUCAGUGACCUCCUUUCGGCCGGCGACUGCAAUGGUAAUAAACGUAAACGUUAUGACAGUUCAUCGUCCACAUUGGCCUCGGCAUAUAGACAAAAGGAACCAAAGGAGGUCCUUCUACGCAUCUAUGGACAAUCCCAUGGUGAAGAUGCCUUGGAACAGAUGAUAACAGAAUCAGUGGUGUUUGCAUUGCUAAGUGAACGUCACUUUGGACCACGUCUAUAUGGUAUUUUCCCUGGUGGACGCCUUGAACAAUACAUUCCUGCCAGAGCUUUAUUAACCUCCGAAUUGGCAAUACCGGAGAUAUCAAUGAAAAUUGCUGAAAAAAUGGCUGAAAUUCACACUUUGAAUAUUCCCAUGUCUAAAGAGCCCGAUUGGCUGUGGAAUUGUAUGGAACGUUGGCAACGUUAUUUACCCGAUAUACUAAAACCGAAUAGCAAAUGGCCAAAUAAAGAGGCUGUUAGCGUUAUGCGGGACAUUGAUUAUGACCAAGAAGUCCUUUGGUUGAAGGGUGUUAUUAGCAUGCACAAUUUUCCAGUUAUGUUUUGCCACAACGAUAUGCAGGAGGGUAAUAUUCUUAUGAAGAUCCCAACAAAUGAUGAAUCAGAAUCAAAGAAACCCAUUGCUGAUUUGGAUUCCUCUGGGGAUUCGGCCAUUGAUAAUGCCAAUAGCUGCACCUCACCCGAUUUAAAAAUAAUUGAUUUCGAAUAUUGUGCCUACAAUUAUCGUGGCUUCGAUAUAGCCAAUCACUUUUUGGAAUGGACCUUCAAUUAUAGUCGUCCCGAUUUUCCAUUUUAUUAUUACAACAGUGAAAACUAUCCCACAAAGGAACAAAGAGAUCAAUUUAUAAGAACAUAUCUUAAGAAAUUCAACGACAAAGAUGAUGAUUGGGAACCUACACAAAAGGAAAUCGAUGAUGUUAAUCAAGAAGUUACAGUAUUUCGCAUGAUGUCACAUCUAUUUUGGAGUCUAUGGGCUGUGAUGAAUGUUACAUCCAAUAUUGAGUUUGGCUAUUGGGAAUAUGCGGUUUGCAGAAUUAAAGAGUAUCUCAAUCUCAAACAGGCCUAUAUCAACGAUCACAUGAUGACUGUUUAGAAAAAUGU